AUGCCUGCUUGGAAAUACGCCUUCAGCCUAAGCCUUGAAGAGGUCAAGAAUGCAACCCCACCGGGAACAGUACAACUUAUUGGCCAUCAAGAGACAGAAAACGGCCAUGUAGUCGACGAGGUCCGCAAAUUGCCGCAGCCGUCUCCAGAUCCUGCGGAUCCUCUUAACUGGACCUUGCUACGCAAGAGUAUGGUCUUGGCCACGGCUUCGCUCUAUGCGUUCGUGGCCAAUUUCACCAGCUCGUGUAUUGCACCGGCACUCCAGUUGUGGAGCAUAACAUUCUCAAAUGAUCAUCGAUCAUUUGCACAACUCACAUAUUUGAUAGCUGUUCACGUCCUGUUUCUUGGGACGGCGAAUAUAUGGUGGGUUCCACUGGCCAACGUCUUCGGCCGCCGGCCUGUGAUGAUCUUGGCCACUCUGGUCAUGACACUCGCAAGCGUCUGGUGUGCAAUAGCAUCUUCGUAUAAUUCCCUCAUUGCGGCCCGGAUCUUCCAAGCUAUUGGUGGCGCCGCGGCGGACACCGUCGCCCCAGCUCUUUUGGGUGAUAUCUACUUUGUCGACGAGCGAGGAAGAGCCCUGGCCGUUUAUACUAUCUUUCUCUGUACCGGCCCUCUUGUAGGUGGGAUUGCUGGGGGCUACAUCGGCUUCGAUUUGGGAUGGGAUUACAUCUUCUGGAUCUGCACCGGUCUCUCCGGAGCAUGCUUCGUCGCUUCUAUGCUUUUUGUUCCAGAAACUCUCUACUCACGCAUUGCUCCCACUGACAGCAAUGGGCAAUCUGACAAUAUCUCGGUUAAAGAAACCACAGCGACUCGUCUCGAGAACGCGGACCCAGAGAGCUACCCCUCGUAUACAAUUGCCCGCACCCUGGCUUUACACAGGCCAAGAGGAAAACUACUUCCGCAGUUUUUGCGGCCAUGGCUUACCUUGAAGUUUCCGGCAGUUUGGGUUGUCAUGUUGCAUUAUGCUGGGCUAGUCGGCGGUGUUGCGGCCAUUUCUGUCGUCGGCAUCCAGUUGGUUGCCUCACCACCGUAUCUUUGGGGUGCUAAUGCUGGACUCUUGCAAAUUGGCGCUCUCAUAGGCUCGCUUCUCGCACUCUUGUAUACCUAUAUCUCGUCCGACUCGGGGCUCAAGCGUCGAGCGAAGCAUGAAACCAACGGAUUGGCCGAGGCCGAAGAUCGUCUACCUGCGAUGUUCCCGUGCCUAGCUAUUGCUACGGCCGGAUUUUUGGUCUUUGGGUUCUGUGGUCAGCAUCCAAGCCAGCAUGGCUGGGUUGGUCUUGAGGUCGGGUUCGGGAUGCUGGCCUUUGGUCUUAUGCAAAUCCCUAGCAUUGGAUUUACCUACAUUAUUGACUCCUAUGAGACCUUGGCGGCAGAUUGCUUUGUUAUCGUUGCAAUUCUGCGCUCAAUUAUUUCCUUCGCUUGGACCUUUUUCGUAGCCGAAUGGGUUGAGAAAAAAGGCGCAGCUGAGGCUUUCGGAAUAUUUGGCUUGCUGAUGGGGAUAUUUGCACUUCUUACCGUCCCACUCUGGAAGUACGGUAAAAGGAUCAGGAUUGCAACGGCUGCCUUGGUAUAG